GGAGAAAGAACGAAGGAGAGAGAGCGCGUGCGAGCCACGCGAAAGAAAGAAAGAGAGAGAGAGAGAGAGAAGAGAGAUCGAGUGACAGAGAGAGGAGCAGCAGCCGCAACGAAGGUCGCCGCCGGUCGGCGAGCAGCGUUCUUCGCUGUCACCGCGAAUCGCUCGUACGCCCUCCUCUCUCCCCUCCGACCCGCCUCCGUCCUCGUCGCGACUCGUCCUCUCCGCAGCUCUUCCACCUUCAUCACCUCCUGUGUGUUUCUCGUCUACCUCCUUCUUCGUCGCUGCCAACUCCUCCUCCUGCCGAAGGAGGAUUCCGCUGUCCUGAGCCAUGGCGUGCUGCCUGUCGGAAGAGGCGAAGGAACAGAAACGCAUCAACCAGGAGAUUGAGCGGCAAUUGCGGAGGGACAAGCGGGAUGCCAGGCGAGAACUCAAACUCCUGUUACUCGGUACUGGCGAGUCCGGCAAGUCCACCUUCAUUAAGCAGAUGAGGAUCAUCCACGGCUCCGGAUAUUCGGACGAGGAUAAGAGAGGGUUCAUCAAACUCGUGUACCAAAACAUUUUCAUGGCGAUGCAGUCGAUGAUCCGGGCGAUGGACCUCCUGAAGAUCCAGUACGGUGACUCCUCGAACAUAGAAAAAGCGGAACUCGUGCGGAGCGUGGACUUCGAGACGGUGACGACGUUCGAGAGCCCGUACGUGGAAGCGAUCAAGGAUCUGUGGGCGGACGCCGGCAUUCAGGAGUGCUACGAUCGCAGACGAGAAUACCAGCUCACGGACUCCGCUAAAUAUUACCUAAUGGAGAUAGAUCGAGUCGCGGCACCAAACUACCUCCCCACAGAACAGGACAUUCUUCGUGUGAGAGUGCCCACCACCGGUAUAAUUGAGUAUCCCUUUGACUUGGAAGAGAUCCGAUUUAGUUAUCUUAGUGACCUAGACCGUAUCGAAAAGCCUGAUUUCCUUCCGACCGAGCAAGACAUCCUCCGGGCACGAGCUCCCACCACCGGCAUUAUAGAGUAUCCGUUUGAUCUGGACUCCAUCAUAUUUAGGAUGGUAGACGUCGGUGGCCAGAGGUCGGAAAGAAGAAAGUGGAUCCAUUGUUUUGAGAACGUUACUUCCAUUAUAUUUCUAGUAGCUCUAAGUGAAUAUGAUCAAAUUCUAUUCGAGUCGGAGAACGAGAAUCGAAUGGAGGAAAGUAAAGCACUCUUCAAAACGAUUAUAACAUAUCCAUGGUUUCAACAUUCUUCGGUUAUUCUGUUCCUCAACAAGAAAGAUCUGCUGGAAGAGAAGAUCAUGUAUUCUCAUCUCGUCGACUACUUUCCAGAAUACGAUGGUCUACAGAGAGACGCCUUAGCAGCUAGAGAAUUCAUCCUCAAGAUGUUCGUUGAACUGAAUCCGGACAGCGAUAAGAUUAUUUAUUCCCACUUUACGUGCGCCACAGAUACGGAGAACAUCAGAUUCGUGUUUGCGGCGGUGAAGGACACCAUACUGCAAUCGAAUUUGAAGGAGUACAAUCUCGUUUAGGCGGCGAGAGACGCGCGCGAAUCCGAGCGGAAUCGACCAGUUUUUCUCUCGCACCAUGACCAAUGUAUCAGUGUGGGACUAUAUUAAAACUACGUUGACUCGCGAAGCGCGAGCUGAGCUGAACGACGUGUGGCAGAGACAGAGGGACGCGAGAUGGACGAUUACUAAAUUUUGUGGUGCCAUCGUACACACACACACACACACACACACACACACACACACACACACGUAUAUAAAUACAGCAAAGAGAAACACACACUCACAUACAUACACAUUGCACACGUACACACGGAGCGUGCGUCGCGCCGCGUCGAGCUUCGUCGCAGACAGAGCGAGUGUACCAACAGCAAUUAGACGCGUAAGACAUUAGACACACACGUAGAACAGAGAGGAUGGACAAGGCAAGCGGAGGAGCGACGUGAGAGAACGCGAGCAAGGACCUAAAAAGUCUACGAGCGUCGUCGCGUGUUCUUUUCUAAGGUGAAGAAAGGCAUCGAGAAAAGAAUGGAGAGAAUGGGAGAGAGAGAGAGAGAGAGAAAGAGAGAAUGCUAAGGAGAGGAGAAUCGGGAAGGGAAGAAGCGCGCGAGUCGAUUCUCAGUUGUAACUUGUACACCGUAUUCCCGUUCCCGGGAAUUUGUUACCUUUCUUUUGUAGAUUAGUUCUUAGUCGAUAUCGCGCGAAUGCUACCCGGUCUCUCGCGAGGGGAGAAGAAAGAAGGGGCGAGAGAGGCGCAUGUAUCGAUAAAGCCGGGGACCGGGCGUGUCGUUGCGUUCGACUUUUAUAUAUAUAUACAUAUGUAUGUAUGUGUGUGUAUGUAUGUAUGUAUGUAUGUAUGUAUGUAUGUAUGUAUGUAUGUAUGUAUGUAUGUAUGUAUGUAUGUAUGAAUGGACGAGCGCAGCGAAGACGUCGACCAAGAGCGCGUGUCGUCCUCGCGCAAACCGGCGUGACAUGCACGACGCGGCUGUGCCGCGCGUUUUAAAAAUGGCGCGUCCGUCUUGUGUUCGUCUCUCGAGUCUAAGAGAUCUCAGCGUGUGCGGAAGAAGUACUAGAGACGAGACGGCGAGGCGAGCGAAACGAGAAAAGAGAAAAAACAGGCUUUUUAAUCGCUAAUUAGAUUCGGUGACACAGGUGAGAACAAUUCUAGUGCCAUUUACUAGUGUGGUGUUGAUUUUUUGUUUUUUUUUCCUUUUCCUUUCUAUCUUUUUUUUCUUUUUCUUUCUCCUUUCUUCGUUUCUUCGUCUUCCCCCCUCCUCUCUCUCUCUCUCUCUCUCUCUUUCUCUUUCUCUUGUCAUUCCUUUUCUUCCCUUCUUUUCUUUUUUAUUUCUAAUACCUGCAUUAAAUUAUCAAUUGUCUUUUCCUUUUAGAGUUACGCGAAAGCCAAAGUGUUUUUGUUUCUUCCCUUUUAUCUGUGCCAGAAACGACUCAAAGUUCUUUCUGCAUGUGACUCGGAUUCAUUAAAAAAUCAUCGUAUAAAUAUUGUUAUAUAUAAUAUAUGAAAGAUGAAACAUAGAGAGUAUAAAGUGCGAAAGAGUGGAUAAGAUAAGGGGAGAGAGAGGGUGUGAAUGAGUGAGAACGAAAGUGAAUGAAUGGAGGAUACCGACAGCAGCGACGACGGAAGAGGAAGAGAAAGAAAGAGGGCGAGAGUGACAGAAAGUAUGUAUGUGUGUAUACGUGUAUAUGUAUGUGUACGUGUACGUGUAUGUAUAUGUGUGAAUAGAAAACCCGCACUGAGGAAAGGAGAAAAAACGAGAGAGAAGUACGAGUUGUUGUGGAAGCGGACGAAACCGCGGGGAAUUACGUCUGUUAGAUGUGACUUAGGUAAUUAAGGGGCGCGGGAGGAGCCCGCAGACAUCUCUCUCUGCCGUCUCCUCUCUUUGCCGACUGUGCGUGCGCGCGCGUGACGAGCCGCGAGGGUGCCCGCAAUGGUGUCCCUCGAAGAAUUUCCCUCAGAAGCAAAAAUUUCGAUUUGCAAAGAUAAAUUUCUGAAGAAGGAAGAGGAAAGGUAGGAAGAGGAGGAAGAGGAGAAGGAGGAGGGGGAGGAGGAGGAAGAAGACCAGUAGUAGCCUCUACCUGUAAAGAUAAAUUUCUAAAGAUUGAUAUGUCUGUCGUCUCGACGAAGGAAGAUGUAACUCGGAGACGAAGAGUGGAGAGAACAAUUCCUCUGCACAAACGAGGAAUCUUUCUCUCUCUCUCUCUCUCUCUCUCUCUCUCCCCCUCCCUCCCUCUCUCUUUCUCCCUCUCCCUCUCUCCUACUCUCCACCCCUCCUCUCUCUCGUGUCGUAUACGCGAAGACGGACACUUUUUCUUCCAGACAAGAAUUCGUCGAGUUCCUCCAUCAGUUUUUGGUCUCUAGUCCUCCUUCUUCCGCACAGCGGCACAUAGUUAUAACUCUACCCGGUUUUCAGGUAGAGAGAGAGAGAGAGAGAGAGAGAGAGAGAGAGAGAGAGAGAGAGAGAAGGGGGGAAAAAGAGGGAGAAAGAGAGAGAAAGAGAAGUGACUGCAUGGCCCUCGCUCGUCUCGUAUCUACAUUAUACAGUGUAUGUACGCAUGAACUGCUCACUGCCUGCGCUCGCUCAUAUGCUGGCUAGCGCGCUGCCCGCUGCUCGUACUCUCCGACGAGGUUCGCUCGUUUCGCGCCAUCACUUCGUCUUCCCUUUCGGCGACGAGGAACAACAACGAGAUAAGGUAUUACCUUCCUCAUUCUCCUUCAACGAUUAACGACGGAACGAAAUAUCAGAGAGAAGCCUCGCGGAAACUGUUUUACACACAAGCGCAAGUAUAGAUUCGAGGACGCGAAGGAGGACGCGCAAUGAUGUAACAAUCUCAUCGAACAAGUUUCUCGCGCCGAAGACGGACGGCGGGACACACCGAUGGGCGGUGGCGGUAAGAGUGAGAGGUACGAUCGCUGGAAGAUGAAGAAGAGACACAAGAGGCCGGCGAUCGCGGAGAGUACGCUGCACGAUUAUAAAAAAAAAACUACUCUGUACAGGACGUCGGCCAAGUCGUAUUGGUCUUGGAACGUAAUGUUCGGACACGAGACGACAACGAUAAUGAUGAUGAUGAUGAGAUGAUGAUACUGAUAACGAUGAUUACGAAGAGACGAUUAUGUUGUCGCGCGACGUGUUAUGAUGCAGCCCGAACAUCGCCGGACUCGCCGGCGCCGUGUUG